AUGUUGAAACAACAUGGCUUGAGUGUGGAAUCGCUACCCCACGAUGUGGUCGAGCUCAUCCUCGAGAGGCUUCCCGUGGACUCUCUGCUUAGACUCAAGUCUGUAUCCAAGAACUGGAAAUCUACAAUCGAUUCCAGACGUUUCCAACAAGGACAAUUUAUCCGUUUUAGGCAAUCACGAGGUCCUGAUGUUCUUUGCGGUCCCCACGGUUACUGUAGUGAUGAGGACACAUGCUAUAAGAUUUUGUUUGGGAGGUGUUCAUCAAAAGCUUCUACGGUCUGGUUCCCAGUUUCUCGAAACUUGUUCUGCUACGGUAGUUGUGACGGUCUAUUAUGCCUCUACUCUCGAUACGAAAAGAGUGCCAGCGUCGUGGUGAAUCCCGCCACUAGAUGGCAUCGAAGCUUUCCUCUUUCCAACGUUCAACACCUCAUCAUCGAGAAAUAUAAUAAACGUGAGGUUGCCUAUCCGUUUCCUCGGCUUGGAUUCGGUAAAGACAAAGUAACAGGCACGUAUAAGCCGGUUUAUUUAUAUAAUUCAUUUGAAUUUAAACUAGACAACGUUACAACUUGUGAAGUUUUCGAUUUUCGCACCAAUGCAUGGAGGUACGUUGUCCCCUCUUCUCCUUAUCGGAUUCUUGGUCACUAUGAACCCGUGUAUUUAGAUGGAUCACUUUACUAUCUCACCAAAGAAGAAACCGAGUUAUUAUCUUUGGAUCUUCACACCGAGACGUUUCAAGUCAUCUGCAAAGCUCCCUUUGUCCAACCUCAUUCAUCUGACCUUUACAGCAUCACCAUGUGCAUCCUCGACGAUCGUUUGUGCGUGUCCGAGAAAAACUGGCCCAACCAAGAGAUAUGGUCGUUCGAUGGCGCCAACAAGACAUGGACGGUAAUGUGUUUCAUAGAUCUUACCGAAAGUGUUUCUUUGUUUGAGGAAAGAAGCUUUGCGCGUUCAUCAAUCGCGCAGCCAUCAAUAGCAUUGGUGGAUAAGAACAAGUUAUUGCUUCGUGGUAAUGAUUACUUCCAUACACUGUUUAUAUAUGAUCUUCAUACCAAAUCUUUUGAUUUACUCUUCAAACCUCCUAAACCCGUAGGUCCUGUUUAUUAUUUCGAAAGUUUAUUCCAUGUCUAG